AUGGCUUUCGGUGCUGUAGACGUGCUCGCGCUAGUAUCCCUUGCAAGUCUGACAGCGAUAGUGCUGUAUCGUAAACGCACUCUCGCGCCUCCAGGCCCGCAAGGAUGGCCCAUCAUCGGCAACGCGCUCAACCUGCCCAGUAGCAAGUACUGGCUGACGUACGAUAGAUGGUCUAAGGCAUAUGGCGAUGUGCUCCAGUUCACGUCUUUCGGUGAACGCACCGUGAUCUUGAGUUCCGCGAAAGCCGUGCAUGACCUCUUCGAGCUGAGAGGAAACAUCUACUCCGACAGACCUCCUGCUCCGAUGGCUGGCGAACUUGUAGGCUGGAACAAGGGACUCGGCUAUGCCCGCUUCACGCCACACUCCCUCACAUCCCCGACAUCUUCGACACCCUACCCGGUCAACUCCAGUGCGCGCUUCCGCGUCCUUCGCCGGAUGUUCCAGGAUACGAUCGGACCGCAAGCCUGCCGAACAGACGAUUUGAAGACGCUACAGGAAAAGGCAAGGGAUGGGCUGCUGAGGCGGCUGAUGAGAGCGGGACAGGCUGAGAGCAAAGGCGGGGAUUUCAAUGAGGAGAUUUGGCAGGCCGCGGGAUCGUUCAUGCUCCUGGUCACGUACGGCUACGAAGUCCCUCUUGACUCGCACGUCGAUCCUCUUGUCAAGAUUGUCGAGAGGGCCAUGGAGGGCUUCUCGCGGGCAUCCGAGCCAGGCGCAUUCUGGGUCGACUACAUGCCUUUCCUGCGAUACAUUCCUGCAUGGGUACCGGGCGCUAGGUUUCAGCGUGAGGCUGCCCAACUGAACACGGAGCGGGAGAUGUUGUAUGAGGAGCCAUACCGAUGGACCAAGGCGCAGACACUAGGGGGAAAUGCAACACCUUCUAUGGUUUCUGGCUUGAUUUCCUCGAAGCAAGAAGCAAGCCUGCAGGAGAGCGACGAGGAGCUCAUCAUGGCGGUCGCAGCAUCUCUGUACUCCGGAGGCGCCGAUACAACGCACGCAACCCUCAACUCCCUGCUCCUAGCAAUGUCGCUGUACCCCUCCAUCCAAACCCGCGCCCAAGCGGAACUUGACGCCCUCUUGUCCUCCGAACAUCGCCUUCCAACGCUGGACGACAGACCUGAUCUUCCCUAUGUCGAGGCGCUGAUGAAGGAGCUUUGGCGCUGGAACCCCAGUGUGCCUCUGGGCUUGGCGCAUAGAGUCGCGGAAGACAAUGUGUAUAGAGGGAUGGAGAUCAAGGAGGGGACGACCGUCUACGCGAACAUCUGGUCGCUUCUACACGAUGAAGAGACCUACCCCGACCCCUUCGUCUUCAACCCCGACCGGUACCUCGACUCGCAAGGCCAACUACGCAAACUCGACAAACUCGAAGAUCCAAGCUUCGUCGCAUUCGGACUUGGCCGUCGGAUCUGUCCUGGGAUGCACCUUGCCGACGCAACGAUGUUCUUAUACAUCGCGUCUAUCUUGUACGCGUUCAGGAUUGAAAAGGCGUUGGAUGAGAAGGGAGAGCCGAUGGAUCCGGUGGUUGAGUAUGAUGGAUUCAUCAGUAAACCGAAGUCAUUCAAAUGCCGGCUCAUCCCGCGCAAUACUUUUACUGGCGCGGCGUGA